AUGGCCGAACAAAAGCAACCAGAGGUCGACCUCGCAACCCGAAUGCAGGUUGAUGAAUCUGUUAUUGGAAAUAACGAAAUCGACGAAUCCCUCUACAGCCGACAACUCUAUGUUCUGGGCCACGAGGCUAUGAAGCGCAUGGGCGCUUCUAACGUGCUCAUCGUUGGUCUCAAAGGUCUCGGUGUAGAAAUCGCCAAGAACAUUGCUCUGGCUGGUGUCAAGAGCCUUACCCUUUACGACCCGGCCCCAGUUCAGAUCGCAGAUCUCUCGUCUCAGUUCUUCCUCACCCCUGGCGAUGUCGGAAAGCCCAGAGACGAGGUCACUGUCCCUCGCGUUGCUGAACUAAACGCUUAUACUCCUGUCAAGCUUCACCAGUCGCCCGGUCUUGACGGCGAUCUUUCACAGUUCGACAAGUACCAGGUUGUCGUUUUGACCAACGCACCUAUCCACCAACAGAAGGCCAUCGCCGACUACUGCCAUAGCAAGGGUAUUUAUGUUGUCGUCGCCGAUACUUUUGGACUCUUCGGCUCUGUCUUCUGUGAUUUCGGCGAGAAGUUCACAGUCAUCGACCCUACCGGCGAGACUCCCCUUAGCGGCAUCGUUGCAGGUAUCGACGAGGAGGGCAUGGUGUCUGCCCUUGAUGAAACUCGACAUGGGUUGGAAGAUGGCGACUAUGUAACAUUCUCCGAGGUUGAGGGAAUGGAGGCGCUCAACGGAGCCGAGCCCCGAAAGAUUACGGUCAAGGGACCUUACACCUUCUCGAUCGGCGAUGUGUCUGGGUUGGGCCAGUACAAGCGAGGUGGCAUGUACCAGCAGGUCAAGAUGCCCAAGGUUAUUAACUUCAAGGACUUUACCGCAUCGCUAAAGGAACCCGAAUUCCUUAUCUCCGACUUUGCCAAGUUUGAUCGACCUCAACAGCUCCACCUUGGUUUCCAGGCGCUUCACGCUUUUCAACUUAACCACAAGCGACUUCCCAACCCCAUGGAUGAAGACGAUGCUAUUGUCGUCCUAGGUGCUGCUAAGAAGUUUGCCGAGCAGGAGGGUCUGGAGAUUGAGCUGGAUGAGAAGCUUUUGAAGGAGCUUAGCUACCAAGCUCAAGGUGACCUCAACCCUAUGGCUGCCUACUUCGGUGGUCUUGUUGCGCAGGAGGUUCUCAAGGCAGUCUCUGGCAAGUUCCAGCCCAUUGUCCAGUGGAUGUACUUUGACUCUCUCGAGUCUCUGCCCACAUCUACUAAGCGAAGUGCUGAGCUCUGCAAGCCAACUGGCAGCCGAUAUGAUGGACAAAUUGCCGUUUUCGGUACUGAAUACCAGAACAAGAUUGCGAACUUGAAGCAGUUCCUUGUUGGCGCUGGCGCCAUUGGUUGCGAGAUGCUGAAGAACUGGGCCAUGAUUGGUCUGGGAACGGGCCCUGAGGGCAAGAUCUGGGUUACUGACAUGGACUCUAUCGAGAGAAGUAACCUGAACCGACAGUUCCUCUUCCGUGCCGACGAUGUUGGUAAGAUGAAGAGUGACCGUGCUGCUCUUGCCGUUCAGCGAAUGAACCCCGAUCUCGAAGGCCACAUGAUCACUCUGAAGGAGCGUGUUAGUGCCGACACUGAAAGUGUUUUCAACGAGGAAUUCUGGCACAACCUGGAUGGUGUCACCAACGCCCUCGACAACGUAGAGGCUCGAACUUACGUCGACCGUCGAUGUGUCUUUUUCCAGAAGCCACUUCUUGAAAGUGGUACCCUCGGAACCAAGGGCAACACGCAAGUCGUUCUCCCUCACCUCACCGAGUCUUAUUCUUCCUCUCAGGACCCCCCUGAGAAGGAGUUCCCUAUGUGCACUAUCCGAAGUUUCCCCAACAAGAUUGACCAUACUAUCGCCUGGUCCAAGGAGUACAUGUUUGAAAAGCUUUUCGUCAAGGCGCCUCAAACUGUCAACCUGUAUCUGACUCAGCCCCAGUUCAUCGAGAGCUCGCUGAAGCAGGGCGGUAACCAUAAGGAGACCCUAGAGACCAUUCGUAACUACCUUACGACCGAGAGGCCCCGAACCUUUGAGGAUUGCAUUGCCUGGGCUCGCCAACUGUUUGAGUCUGAGUUUUCCAACAAGAUUCAGCAGCUCCUCUACAACUUUCCCAAGGACUCUGAGACAUCUUCCGGCACCCCCUUCUGGUCUGGACCCAAGCGAGCCCCUGAUGCACUCAAGUUCGACUCCAACAACCCCUCCCACUUUGGGUUCAUUGUUGCCGCGGCCAACCUCCACGCUUUCAACUACAAUAUCAAGUCUCCAGGAACUGACAAGUCUAUCUACCUGCGAGAAUUGGAGAAUGUCAUUGUCCCUGACUUCACUCCGGAUUCCAACGUGAAGAUCCAGGCUGAUGAUAAGGAGCCUGUCGAGGCGGAAUCUAGCUUCGACGACAACGACGAGAUUAAGAAGCUGGCUGACGGUCUGCCCUCGCCCAGCUCUCUGUCUGGAUUCCAGCUUGUUCCUGUUGAUUUCGAGAAGGACGAUGACUCGAACCAUCACAUCGAUUUCAUCACCGCUUGCAGCAACUUGAGGGCCGAGAACUACAAGAUCGAGCCAGCUGAUAGACACAAGACCAAGUUUAUUGCUGGCAAGAUCAUUCCCGCCAUUGCCACAACCACUGCGCUGGUGACCGGCUUGGUUGUGUUGGAGCUGUACAAGAUUAUUGAUGGCAAGGAUGAUCUUGAGCAGUACAAGAAUGGUUUCAUCAACCUGGCACUGCCCUUCUUUGGUUUCAGUGAGCCAAUCGCCAGCCCCAAGAUGGAAUACCAAGGACCCGAUGGCAAGGUUAAGCUGGAUAGAAUCUGGGACCGUUUCGAGAUUGAGGAUAUUACUCUACAGGAGCUUUUGGAUACCUUCAAGGCCAAGGGUCUUACCAUCAGCAUGCUAAGCUCUGGCGUCAGUCUUCUCUACGCAUCGUUCUUCCCCCCUUCCAAGCUCAAGGAACGAUAUGCCCUCAAGCUGAGCCAGCUGGUUGAGACGAUUUCCAAGAAGCCUAUUCCGGCCCAUCAGAAAGACGUGAUCUUUGAAAUUGUGGCCGAGGACCUGAACGAGGAGGACGUUGAGGUGCCUUACAUCAAGGUCAGGGUUGCAUAA